CCAGCAGCUCCAAUCUGGGCUGUUGGAGGAACUGGUAACCCGGUACCGCCGCCGCUGUGGUAAAAGGUCAGCGGGAGAUGGUGGCGGAAGGCUUUGCACGUCAGCUGAGCAGUAGUACUGAGGUCAAAGUACAGAGGACGGAGGGUGCUUCCGGCGGCGAGUGGCGGUUGGAAUCGCGAUGGCGAAGCAUCACCCGGACUUGAUUUUCUGUCGGAAACAGGCCGGCGUGGCUAUUGGGCGACUGUGUGAGAAAUGUGAUGGUAAAUGUGUGAUCUGUGACUCAUAUGUCAGACCAUGCACGCUGGUGCGUAUCUGUGAUGAAUGUAAUUAUGGGUCCUACCAGGGACGAUGUGUGAUCUGUGGUGGUCCAGGAGUCUCUGAUGCCUAUUACUGCAAAGAAUGCACAAUCCAGGAAAAGGAUAGAGAUGGAUGUCCGAAAAUUGUUAACCUUGGCAGCUCAAAAACUGAUCUGUUCUACGAAAGGAAAAAGUACGGCUUUAAGAAGAGGUGAUCCCGGAAUGACUGGAAGGAAUCUUUCACGUUUGUAGUUUCUGUAACUUGGGGGACAUAAAUGCUUGGUCAAAUUUUUACUGUUUGUAAAUAAAUGAUUAAUAUACUUA